AUGGAGAUUCUGCUGUCUUUCCUCUUGCUUCUCUUUUUCCCUGUUCUCUUGUCGUUAAUCUUCGUGAAGAAGAACAAAUACUUGAAAAUAAAUCUUCCUCCGAGCCCACCAAAGCUUCCGUUCGUCGGAAACCUACACCAGCUCAAAGGAUUAGCUCGCAGAUGUCUUCACGAUAUCUCCAUGAAACACGGACCCGUGACGAUUCUCCGUCUAGGAUCUGUCCCAACAGUCGUGAUCUCAUCAAGUGAAGGAGCUGAAGAAGCUCUUAAAACGCAUGAUACUGAGUGCUGUACACGACCUGUCACUAUCGCCUCAAGGGUUUUCUCGCGUAACGGUAAAGACAUCGGCUUUGGGGUAUACAAUGAGUCCUGGAGAGAGCUGCGUAAGCUUGCGGUUCGCGAGUUUUUCAACGUAAAAAAGGUUAGAUCUUUCAAGUACGUUAGAGAGGAAGAGAAUGACUUGAUGGUCAAGAAACUGAGAGAAUCAGCUUUGAAGCAAUCUCCGGUUGACUUGAGCAAAACUCUUUAUUACCUAGCUGCGAGUAUAGUAUUCAGAACCGCCUUUGGACAGAGUAUCUUAGACAACAAGCAUAUCAACAAGGAAAGGAUCGAAGGAUUGAUGUUUGAAGCUCAGAGAAAUAUGGCUUUCUCAUUCACUGAUUUCUUCCCCACUGCUGGUCUUGGAUGGUUUAUGGACUUUGUGUCAGGCCAACAUAAGAGACUUCACAAUGUUUUCUCCGAGCUUGAUACUUUUUUUAAUCAGAUAAUUGGUGAUCAUCAGUUGAAGAACUUCACACAAGAUCGUCCUGAUUUCAUCGACUCCGUCUUAGAAAUUAUACAUAAACAAGAACAAGAUGAGUCUUUCAAGCUCACCAUUGAUCAUCUCAAAGGAAUCUGCCAAAAUAUAUAUCUUGCUGGAGUAGACACAAGCGCCAUCACCAUGAUUUGGGCAAUGGCAGAGCUCGUUAGAAACCCUAGAGCAAUGAAAAGAGUUCAAGAAGAGAUCCAAGCUUGCAUUGGAAUCAAAGAAAAGGAGAGAAUCGUGGAAGAAGAUCUCGGUAAGCUUCAAUACUUGAAGCUUGUGGUGCAAGAAACCUUAAGACUACACCCAGCAGCUCCUCUGUUACUCCCAAGAGAAACAAUGAGUCAAAUCAAGAUUCAAGGCUACGACAUUCCGCCAAAAACCAUUCUACUGGUUAACGCUUGGUCGAUAGGACGGGAUCCUAGACACUGGAAAGAUCCAGACGAGUUUAUCCCGGAGAGGUUUAUCGAUUGUCCUGUGGAUUACAAAGGACAUAGCUUUGAGAUGUUGCCAUUUGGCUCUGGUCGGAGGAUGUGUCCAGGAAUGGCGUCAGGUAUUGCGACCAUUGAAUUGGGGCUCUUGAAUUUGCUUUACUUUUUCGACUGA